ACAUCAUGUCCCUGCAUCAUCCGCGUUUAGGAGCAUUCUGGUGUUAAUACUGCAGGUGGGCGGGGCUCUACAUCCGGGGACCGCCGCUAACCCCUGACGUGACCCUGCAGGAUUGCAAACAUGGCGGAGCCCUCCCUCGGGAAUUCGAGCCCAGGAGGCUCAGCAGUCGCCGCUGACCAUGAUUUCGACCCAUCAGCAGACAUGCUCGUCCAUGACUUUGAUGAUGAACGCACCCUGGAGGAAGAAGAAUCGAUGGAGACGUCAGAUGAGACCAACACCAACGAGAUCGAGGAUCUUGCACGCGAAGGAGACAUGCCCAUUGAUCAGCUGCUGAGUCUCUAUGGUUAUGGGGGCGGCUCGCCCGCAGAUGAAGAAGAUGAUGAUGACGAAGACGAAGAGCUUGAGGAGGAAGAUGACGAUGACGAAGAGGAUGAGGAAGAAGACCUAGACAACGAUGAAAGCAGUAGAAGCACCGGCGAGUUAAAAAGAAAUGAAGGUGAUGGAGGUAAGAUGUCAUCGGGACAGGGGGAUGAGUCCCAGAUAACAUCUGAAGUCCGCACGCGACCAGUCAGGACGCUGGGCACAGCAGAACUCAUUCGACCCCAGAAACUGAAAUAUUUUGAAAGUAAUAAUGAUGCAGAGGAUGAGUCAGAUGAAGAUGAGGACUAUGUUCCAUCGGAAGACUGGAAAAAGGAGAUCAUGGUGGGUUCCAUGUAUCAGGCAGAAACUCCUGUUGGCCUGUCUAAAUACAAAGACAAUGAAAAAGUUUAUGAAAACGAUGACCAGAUGCUGUGGAACCCAGAGUGUCUUCCUGAAGGCGAAGUGGUGGAGUUCUUGACAGAGGCGUCGCGGCGGACAGGAGAGGAGAAGGGAGUGGACGCCAUCCCAGAGGGAAGCCACAUCAAAGACAACGAACAGGCGUUGUAUGAACUAGUGAAAUGUGACUUUGACACAGAGGAAGCUUUAAGAAGACUACGGUUUAAUGUAAAAGCAGCCAGAGAAGAGCUAUCUGUCUGGACUGAAGAGGAAUGUAGAAACUUUGAACAAGGAUUAAAAGCUUACGGCAAAGACUUUCAUUUAGUACAGGCCAACAAGGUGAGAACUAGGUCUGUAGGAGAAUGUGUGGCCUUUUAUUACAUGUGGAAGAAGUCUGAGCGUUAUGAUUUCUUUGCACAGCAAACCAGACUUGGAAAAAGGAAAUACAACCUUCACCCCGGUGUCACAGACUACAUGGACAGGUUACUGGACGAGACGGAGAGCGCCACGUCCAGCAGGGCGGCGUCGCCCCCCCCCACCACCUCCAGCAGCAGCGCCAGCCACUCGGAGAGGGAGGACAGCAGUAGCCAGAACGGUAUCGGCAGCCACAAUUCUGUCCACCCUGUAGACGGCGCUCAGCUCCUCCCGGUGAAUCAAGUCAAACCAGAGCCCGUUCAGUCCAACGGCCCCUCACACUCGGCAGCGGAGGCUCCCCCUCCUCCCAUUUCAGACAGCAACUCCAACGGCUGCAGCCAACCCAGCGCGCCCAGCCACGACCAAAACGGCUCCCUGGAGCCCCCGCUGGACCACCGAGACCCGGCAGCAGCAGCAGCAGCGCAGGAACGGCCGGCCAAGAGGUGCAGAACGGAGGCGGAGGCGCUGGGCCAGAGUGAGGUGGAGCCUUCCAGAACACAGGAGAACUGAAGGAGCGCUGUGACGUAGACUUACAGACGCUGAAAUGUGAGGUGGAGGCCGGCUUAGAGAAAAGACUCACAACACAGCCAACCAAACUGCAGUUGGUCCUCCGCCCCCCCACCCUCCAUGUACUGACCGCCUGCAGAGCUCAUCCCAAAGCACCACACAUCCACCAUGUCCUAGAAAAUACCAUCUCCCACCCAUCGUCACUUUUUUGGAGACAAAGAUUUGCCAAGAAUUUCCUUUUUUUCCCUAUUUGUACUCAAAGAAAAAUAAAUCACCUGUGAUAUUUUUUUACACAAGAGAUAUUUCUAUUUUUUAACAAAAGACAACUAUGAUAGGUAAAUGCUGUUCGAGCUAUUUGAUGAGACGGAGCACACCUUUUUAAACAGUUCUGUGCUUAAGUUGUAGGAAAAAGGAGAUGAGUAAGUAAGGCCGAGAGCGGUCUCUUUAGUUGCACUUUGAUUGUAUGUUCCUCGUCUUCAUCAAUGAAGAGCGGCGUUGAAACCCAGCAGAAUUACAUUUUCACUCCUCUUCUGAAGCCUCUGUCGCGGUGGGACUGAUAAAUAAGCCGAUGGGGGGGUUUGUUUGUGUAAAGCAGCUGACAUCAGUGAUGUCCUGUAUUAUAAGUCAUCCUGUUAGAAGAUCGCUGUAUUUUUGGAUUUUCAUAGUCAGUGCUUCGCUUUGUUUUUACUAGACAGAAUGUCCGUGAUUUUUUAUGUAAAGUUUGUAUAGAUUUCUUACCUUGAGCAGUUGGUACAUUUUUUAUAACUGUCUGUUCAUCUCCUUUGUUCCGGUCUCCCAUGAAGAGAAGUAUUUCGCUCUGAGAUGGAUGUAAUAAAAACAGGAGCCAUUCCUCUUUCCCUCUCUGUUUGGCAGCACUUCCCAUUCCUGUGUGAUUUGAAUUUGUGUUGCAUUUGUGUGCAUAAAAAAAGCCCCACAUUGAGGUUGAUUACGCUACUUACUCAAGUGCUUAUUUUGCGACAAUAUUUUCUCAGUAAGAGGCUUCAGAGCAGAGAAACACCGGUUGACCUGAGCUUGUUUUGGUACAGUAGCUGUUCAGAUUGAUGCUUCUGUGUUUUACUUUUUCUCCAGCUUACAUUCACAAAUUGAAAUACGUUUGUCUCCAACAAUGUUGAUCCAUGUCUUUUCUUUCCCUUUGUUGACAAUGAUGGGGUUUUUUUCUCUGUAAAUUAUGACAUUAAUAAAAAUGAAGUGUAUUUCAAGAGUGGCUAUGAAUGGAAUAACAUCGGCUAUAUUUAAUAAAUGUAUUAAUGAGU